AGGAGAGCGCCCGCAGGCCCGAAGAGGUGAGACGUGACCCGGGACGCAGCGCAGCAGCGGCAGCGACCAUCUCUUUCCCCACUUCUCUCCAGCGACAUGGACCCCCAGACGGCGCUAUCCCGGGCCUUCCUGCUCCUCCUGUUCUUGUAUCUGUCGCCAUUAGGAGGUCGCUCCCACCCGCUGGGCGGGCCCGGCCCCGCCUCGGAGCUGUCCGCAAUGCAGGAGCUGCUGGACCGUCUGAGGGACACAGUUUCAGAGCUGCAGGCAAAGCAGAUGGCCCUGGGACCCCUCCAGCAGGACCACAGCCCCGCAGAAGACUGGGAGACCGGGGGGGAUCUCCCUGCGGGGGCCCUUGCGCCCAGUGACAAUGUCCUCCAGGCCCUGAGAAGAUUACGCAGCCCCAAGAUGAUGCGCAAGUCAGGGUGCUUUGGCCGGAGGCUGGACCGGAUUGGCUCCCUCAGUGGCCUGGGCUGCAAUGUGCUGAGAAGGUAUUAAGAGGAGGUCCUGGCUGCAGACAUCUGCAUCUGAUUCUUCAAUGGCCCUCUGAGCCCCUUUGAAGCAAUUCUUAUUUAUUUGUAUUUAUUUAUUUAUUUAUUUCAAUUGUUUUAUAUAAGACAAUUCUUACCUCCGAGCACAAAUUUUCCAUGGUGAAAUAAAGUCAACAUUAUAGAUUC